AUUGACUGACGCCGGCUUUCCCCGGCUCUUGGGUCGGAGAGUAAGGCUGGUUGGAUUGCUGGGGUCCGGGUGGGUGUGUCGUCGGUGUGUCGGUUGGGCGUCUGGAAGACCACCAUCGUGGGCCCAGCCAGAUCCAUUGGUCCAUUGAGUCUCCUCAUCACCCGUGGGUACGUCGGGUGCGGGUGGUUUUAGUUUGGGUGGUGCCCCGACCCACGCCUAGAUUCGGCUGGAAAGAUGGCGCAGAAUAUCCAACCCCAGAGUUCGACUCAUCCCGGCCAAGGACCGCCUCCCAAAGACUUGACGGGCGCCGAGGCCCGACCCGCCGGAGCCCAGAUUAACCAACGUCUGCAGCACGAGCUCAUGUCCCUCAUGAUGGCCAACGACAAAGGCAUCUCCGCUUUCCCGGACGGGGACAAACUCUUGAGUUGGGUGGCCACGGUCGAAGGUCCGCCCGGCUCCGUCUACGAGGGCAUGUCCUUCAAACUGAAAUUGGACUUUCCACCCGGGUACCCAUAUGUCGCCCCUAUCGUGCGGUUUACCACGCCCUGCUUUCAUCCCAACGUAGAUCUACAAGGCAAUAUUUGUCUAGAUAUUCUCAAAGAAAAGUGGUCGGCCCUAUAUGAAGUCCGCACGCUGCUCUUGUCCAUACAAGUUCUGCUCGGUGAGCCUAACAACGAAAGCCCUCUCAACAGUCAAGCCGCCGCCCUUUGGUCUAACCCUCAAGCCUUCCGCAAGCAUUUGACUCCAAAAUGAACAAGCCUCCGGUCACCAUGUUCAACCCAGCUCCCACACCUCUUUCCAUAAUGAUAGACAUGGGACAAGUAAACUAGCCGCAAUGGUCCUUCAUAAUGGACUGAAAUUCGUCUUGUACUCUUUCAUAUUCCUGUGUCCUAAUCUCGACAUCUUUCAAGCUGUUUCGCCUCACUGGGGUUAAAAUUCACGAUAAACAAAGUGA